CCAUCUCCAACCAACGCUUCACCUAGGUCACGCGCAGGGGGCCUCUACUCAAUGCCGUUACCGCGAUGGCCGGUCAGUCGGUCGACCGUCGUCGAUCUUCGCGAAACCAGCUUUUCUCGGCUCCUGCCGCGCAAUUGAAGCGCACAGUUCAAGAAAUGCGCUCCACUGCACUACUUCACCUGCCGUUGUUGUCACUGUUCUGCUGAAGUUUUGCUGACUGCACCCAAGUUCUGCAGUUGUUCUAAUCCCUGAGUCAUGCUGCAGAGCUGAACGAAGGAUAACCGGAUCUGCCCGCGUAACGUUACGUAACUUUUGAAUCGCGAGCGUGAUGACCUGCGGAAUCGGUCCCGUUACGGCGGGAAUCCUCCUCUCUGUGACGUUGAUCCUGGCGUUCGCCUGUUCCAACAACAUUGUUGAUGCGAGGCCGGCUGGUGAGCUUGAACCGGAGUCGCUAAGUUCGUCAACAACACAAGCAGCCACAACAUCGACGACUUCAACGGAGUUUGCGAUUGGCGCCACGGUCGAGCAAGUCAGCAGCAAUGGUUCGCCGGAAGUUACGACCCCGGAAGAGGAACCGGAAGCGGAAGAAGAAGAACCCAUGGACAGGGGCAAAGUGUCGCUGGACAUUCCGGACGCGCUGUUUGCGGCUUCGGCGAACUUGACGCUCCGGCUGCGCGAUGUGUUUGGAGAGUUUAUUAUGCGAUCCGCUGCCCGGCUUGCCAAGACGAUGCGCUUUUUUCAACCCCUCUUCGGAUCCAGCCUAGAGAUUCAGAUUCCGAAAGAUUUGGAGAAUAUUUGAAAAAUGAAAACCCCUUGGAAGCAGCCAACCCAUGGACAAC